GUUUAGUCAGCGAGCCGCUGGUGAGGAGACGUCCGCUCGGCCCCGCCAUCCCCCGGUAUCAUGUUCGUCAUCAAGAGAGGUACGGGCUCGGCCCCGACCCCGACCCCCGGGGCAGGCGGUGCGAGCGCCGGCGCCUCUCCCCGGGCGGGCUGGGGGCUUGCGCUCGCAACGAAGCGGGAUGGUCGUCAGGAGAGAGUCAUGUUUGACAAGAUUACUUCCCGGAUCCAGAAACUGUGUUAUGGUCUGAAUCCUGAAUUUGUAGAUCCAGCACAGAUUACAAUGAAGGUGAUUCAGGGCCUGUAUAGUGGUGUUACAACUGUUGAAUUGGAUACAUUGGCAGCAGAGACUGCUGCCACCAUGACAACCAAACAUCCAGACUAUGCCAUUCUGGCUGCACGGAUUGCGGUCUCCAAUCUCCACAAGGAAACCAAGAAAGUGUUCUCUGACGUUAUGGAAGAUCUAUAUAAUUAUGUGAACCCUCUGACUAACAGCCACUCACCCAUGAUUUCCAAGGAAACCUUGGAUAUUGUGCUUGAAAAUAAAGAUCGCCUGAAUUCUGCCAUCAUCUACGAUCGGGACUUCUCCUAUAAUUUCUUCGGAUUCAAGACGUUAGAACGUUCUUAUCUGCUGAAGAUCAAUGGAAAAGUGGCUGAACGUCCCCAGCACAUGCUGAUGAGGGUCUCUGUUGGAAUCCACAAGUGUGACAUUGAUGCUGCCAUUGAAACAUACAACCUGCUGUCGGAAAAGUGGUUCACUCACGCAUCUCCCACCUUGUUCAAUGCUGGCACCAACAGGCCUCAACUCUCCAGCUGCUUCCUGCUGUCCAUGAAGGAUGACAGCAUUGAAGGGAUUUAUGACACCCUGAAGCAGUGUGCUCUAAUUUCCAAAUCUGCUGGGGGUAUUGGUGUUUCUGUGAGCUGCAUCCGAGCUACAGGAAGCUACAUCGCAGGCACCAAUGGAAGCAGCAAUGGCCUCGUACCAAUGCUGCGGGUUUACAACAACACAGCGCGUUACGUGGACCAGGGAGGGAACAAGCGCCCUGGUGCCUUCGCCAUCUAUUUGGAGCCCUGGCACAUGGACAUCUUCGACUUCUUGGAGUUGAAGAAGAACACUGGCAAGGAGGAGCAGCGAGCUCGAGAUCUCUUCUAUGCACUUUGGAUCCCAGACCUGUUCAUGAGGCGCGUGGAGAACAACCAGGACUGGUCCUUGAUGUGUCCCCAUGAUUGCCCUGGCCUGGAUGAAGUUUGGGGAGAGGAGUUUGAGGCUCUGUACGAAAGGUAUGAGAAGGAGGGCCGUGCACGCAAGGUGGUGAAGGCACAGCAGCUGUGGUAUGCGAUCAUUGAGUCUCAGACUGAGACGGGAACACCUUACAUGCUGUACAAAGAUGCCUGCAACAGGAAGAGUAACCAGCAGAACCUGGGGACCAUCAAAUGCAGCAAUUUGUGCACUGAGAUAGUGGAAUACACCAGUCUGGAUGAGGUGGCAGUUUGCAACUUGGCCUCCUUGGCACUGAAUAUGUACGUUACUGCAGAUCGCACCUACGACUUCAAUAAGCUGGCUGAUGUCACCCGGGUGGCUGUUAGAAACCUGAAUAAAAUCAUUGAAGUGAAUUAUUAUCCAAUUCCUGAGGCAGAAUAUUCUAAUAAAAAACACAGGCCGAUUGGUAUUGGAGUCCAGGGACUAGCGGACGCCUUUAUCCUGAUGCGAUACCCCUUUGAAAGUGAAGACGCUCAGAAACUCAACAUUCAGAUCUUUGAGACCAUUUACUAUGCAGCCCUGGAUGCCAGCUGUGACUUGGCCAAGGAGCUGGGUCCUUACGAAAGUUACCAGGGAUGUCCUGUCAGUAAGGGGAUCCUCCAGUACGACAUGUGGAACGUCACACCCACUGAUCUUUGGGACUGGAAGGGGCUGAAGGAGAAAAUUGCAAAAUAUGGUGUUAGAAACAGCCUCCUGAUUGCCCCAAUGCCAACUGCCUCUACAGCCCAGAUUCUGGGGAAUAAUGAGUCGAUCGAACCAUACACCAGCAACAUCUACACGCGGCGAGUGCUGUCUGGGGAAUUUCAGGUCGUGAACCCACACCUACUGAAGGACUUGACAGAGCACGGACUGUGGAAUGAGGACAUGAAGAACCAGAUCAUUGCUCAGAACGGAUCAAUCCAGAACAUUGAAGGGAUCCCAGCUGACCUGAAGUCCCUGUACAAGACUGUCUGGGAGAUAUCGCAGAAGACUAUAAUCAAGAUGGGUGCAGACCGCGGAGCCUUCAUUGACCAGAGCCAGUCGCUCAACAUCCACGUGGCCGAGCCCAAUUACGGCAAGCUGACCAGCAUGCACUUCUACGGCUGGAAACAGGGACUGAAGACUGGGAUGUAUUACUUGAGGACCAGGCCUGCAGCCAAUCCCAUCCAGUUCACACUGAACAAGGAGAAGCUCCGGGAAACUGCAGCAGAGAAGGAGAAGAACAAGGCUGCCAUGGUGUGCUCACUGGAGAACAGGGCAGAUUGUCUGAUGUGUGGCUCCUAGACUGAGAGCCCUUGCCAGCACCCAUAGUCUGUUUAACACCGAUUGUAGGGGUCACAGACUAGUAGCAAGGUGCAUUCUAGGAGACCUUGCUGUUCACUGGAUCCAUAUCAAUAAAAGCAACUUACUUGUUAAUACUUGAUUCAACAAAUGUUGUACCAAUAGGAUCUCACUGAGCCACUUGACCUCAUUCGUCUAUUGUAUCGGAUGCCGUGUAUCAUGAGAGGUGUCUGAUGCCGUUGAUGUGCACGUUUCCUUGCUGGAGCUGGGCUUGUAAGUGGGGUGGGAGGACACAGAGUCUGUGCUGGGGUGACAAGGGAUGCUCCUGCUAUUGGUAUGGUUUUAACUACAGUGAUUACCAGUCAUACUGUCAAAGCAUUAGGUGGGUGGAUUGUCUCUGUGGCUCUCACCCAUUUAACAAUGUUCUUGCUCCUUACAGUGUAUAUUCUUUGUACAGAACUGUUAACUAUUUGAUGCCAUAUAUGAGCUACAAUUAAACAUUCCUAUACAGU